UUCUGGACCUCAAGCUCACGACUCUCAAGUACUCCGAAUUAUCUCAUCCUUCUUCUCCCUCCUCCCGUCCGCGCCGCGACGAUGCGAGCGCAACCACGUUUGACUCAGCCGACGGCGACCGGCCGCGUAGUACGCGUGUCAUCGUCGAGCUCGAGCCCAUCCAUCCACGUGUUCCUCCUCCUUCCUCGCGGCGACGCCGACGACGGCUAUAAAUAACCCGCGCCCCCAUCCCGACCACCGCUCCUCCGCCUCCGCCUCUCAUAUUUUUCCCAUUUUUCACCUGCCUUAAUUCGCCCUCCUCCCAUAACCGUAGUAGUAAUCGUACUCCUCCAUUCUCGCCGGAAUCCAGAGCGAAGCUGUAGGAAAUUGUUGGGAGGAGGAGCAAUGCCUUACUGCGAGGUGGACAGGUACCAGAACGGCGACGAGUGGGACGGCGUCCGCCUCUUCUACCGCCGCUUCGGCCGCGGCGCCACCAAGGUGCUCCUCGUCAUCGGAUUGGCGGGGACGCACGACUCGUGGGGCCCGCAGAUCAAGGGGCUGACCGGGUCGCUGGAGCCGGCCGCCGACGACGAGGAGUCCGGCGACGCCGCGGCGGCGGAGGGGGACGACGGCGAUGGCAUCGAGGUCUGCUGCUUCGACAACCGCGGCGUCGGCCGGAGCUCCGUGCUCCCGCACAAAUCCUACUACUCGACGGUGAUCAUGGCGAGGGACGCUCUGGCCUUGAUGGACCAUCUGGGGUGGAAGAAAGCUCAUGUAUUCGGCCAUUCCAUGGGCGCGAUGAUAUCCUGCAAGCUGGCAGCCAUGGCGCCGCACAGGAUUUGCUCGUUGGCGUUGCUUAAUGUUACUGGAGGUGGCUUCCAGUGCUUCCCGAAGUUAGAUGGGCAGAUGCUCUCGCUUGCAUUCCGUUUCUUAAGGGCAAGAACUCCAGAAGAAAGAGCUCUGGUAGAUUUGGAAACCCAUUAUACAAAGGAAUAUCUUGAUGAGAAAGUUGGAUCAUGCACGAGGAGAACAAUCCUCUAUCAAGAAUAUGUGAAGGGCAUAUCAUCGACAGGGAUGCAGUCUAACUGUGGGUUUGAAGGUCAAGUUAAUGCAUGCUGGACUCACAAUAUGACAACUAAAGAACUAGAUACAAUUCGGUCUGCCGGUUUUCUAGUUUCAGUUAUUCAUGGGAGGUCUGACAUUAUUGCGCAAUUAUGUCAUGCGAGACGACUUGCAGAAAGGCUUAUUCCUGUUGCUAGAAUGGUCGAACUUCAUGGUGCGCAUCUAGUAAGCCAUGAAAGACCAGAGGAGGUCAACAAUGCACUAAUGGAAUUAAUAAAAGCCACAAAAUCUAUGAUGAAACCUGAGGAAUGGUCAUCCCAGCCAGAGAAUUCAUCAGAAACCGGGGCUCUUAUUUCUGCAAGACCUGUUUCCGUCACAAUACGAACAGAUGAUGGGGGAAAUGCCGCAAUAGCAGUCUAUAACUUACUUGCCAAGCUGCAACUAAGCUUUCUUUAUGUCAUAGGAGUGAUACUGAUGGGGUUUGAGCAUAUGAGGAACAUUGUAAAAGUAAUGAAGCCAGUAAGGGUCGCAGCAAUCGAAUCAUAAGAAACAAAACUCAUGUAAAUUACUCUCAGAGCCGUCGAGGAGACCUGGUAUUUUCAUGUCUCCUCAGUACUGUGGAGAUGAUGGUUUUAGAAUAGCAUCUCCGAAGACUUCCUGAGAAAACUUCUGCUCUAAGCAGAAUAAGUGAACAAUACGGAAGAAAAUUGAUGAGGUAUUUGGUGCGCGCCUUGGACAGAAGCGUCCCAGGGCAGAAAUGCACAAACUGAUGUACCCGUAUGAGUGUAAAUGUUGUUACCGUAUCACGGCCUUAUGCUGUCGCCAUUCUUUUGUAUCAGCAUGAAAUGUGAUUAUUCCCAUCAAUAAUAAACCUGGUUCCCUGCAUGAUA